AUGUCAUUUGAAGUAGGUACCAUUGUUUUCGUUAAAUUAAAAGAAUUCCUUUGGUGGCCUGGUUUGAUCGUAAAUGAUGAGGAUUUACCCGAGAUUUUGCUUAAAAAGAGGCCAAAGAGGCAUGAUUUUGAUUGCAUUAAAUUCUUUGGCUCAAUAAACUAUGGAUGGAUUAAUGAGAAAAAUCUUAAAAUAUUCACAAGAAAAGAAGCAAAUGAUCAAAUAAAACAAAUCAAAAAGAAAAAUCAUUUGGUCAGAGCUAUAAAGCAAGCAUUGGAAUAUUUGUUAUCAGAGAAGGAAUUGUUAGGCAAUGAUCCGGUCCAAAACGAUCGAGAAAGUGUUGCAGUUAAUAAUCACAAUGGUGGUGGUAGUAGUGGUGAUAAUGUUGUUGCUGGCAUCAUCAGUAAAAAUAGUAUAAAAAGGCUAAUAGACUAUGAUAAUGAUGACGAAACAAAUCAAGAAAACAGUAGUAAACUUGUUAAGCGACAUAAAAAUAAUUGUAAAGAUUUCACUAUUCUUUCUACUAGGUUCUAG